AUUGUAACAGCUCAGACCCCUGACGACCAUUCCGUUGGGGGUGCCAGAUUUACAUCGUCGUCUCCCUCAAGAUUGAGGAUUAACAGAUACUCUCUGAUCGGAUUGAGCUUCGGCAAGGGAUCUGAUCAAAGCUUUAUAGUUUUUUGAUGACACAAAGCCGGCUAUUUUGGUUGCUUAGCUGAAGUUGAGCAUUAAUUUGUGGGUGCUUACGUUUCAGACUGUUUUGGCAGAUUGAUUUUUCUUCCAGCUUUAGGUUUCCAGCUUUAGCUGCGUCUGUGUCAUAGUCAUCAUAACACCUGUCAGCUCAGACAAGAGGAAUAUCACAAUGAAGGCACUGAUUCUUGUUGGAGGCUUUGGCACAAGACUGAGGCCAUUGACACUCAGUGUCCCCAAGCCUCUUGUUGAUUUUGCCAACAAACCCAUGAUCCUGCACCAGAUAGAGGCUCUUAAAUCUAUUGGAGUUACUGAAGUGGUAUUAGCCAUCAAUUACCAACCAGAGGUUAUGUUGAACUUCUUGAAGGAAUUUGAGGCAAAGCUAGGCAUCAAGAUCACAUGUUCGCAAGAAACUGAACCACUUGGUACAGCAGGACCUCUGGCGCUUGCUAGGGACAAGCUGAUAGAUGGCUCUGGAGAGCCAUUUUUUGUUCUCAAUAGUGAUGUUAUUAGUGAGUACCCACUUAAGGAGAUGGUUGAAUUCCAUAAAUCCCAUGGAGGGGAGGCAUCCAUAAUGGUGACAAAGGUUGAUGAGCCAUCGAAGUAUGGUGUUGUUGUCAUGGAGGAGACCACAGGGAAGGUUGAGAAAUUUGUGGAAAAGCCCAAGUUAUUUGUUGGUAACAAAAUCAAUGCUGGAAUUUACCUACUGAACCCCUCAGUUCUGGAUCGCAUUGAGCUAAGGCCCACAUCUAUUGAGAAGGAGGUGUUUCCAAAGAUUGCAGCAGAGCAGAAGUUAUUUGCUAUGGUCCUUCCUGGGUUUUGGAUGGACAUCGGACAGCCAAGGGACUAUAUUACUGGUCUGAGACUCUACCUAGACUCAUUGAAGAAAAAAUCAUCUUCCAAGUUAGCCACUGGCCAUCACAUUGUCGGGAAUGUCAUAGUUGAUGAGACUGCCAAAAUUGGUGAAGGAUGUCUUAUUGGACCUGACGUUGCUAUUGGUCCUGGCUGCAUAGUUGAGUCUGGUGUUCGUCUCUCCCGCUGCACUGUGAUGCGAGGCGUCCGGAUUAAGAAACAUGCUUGCAUAUCCAGCAGUAUCAUUGGGUGGCAUUCCACUGUAGGGCAAUGGGCUCGCGUGGAGAACAUGACUAUUCUCGGAGAAGAUGUCCAUGUGUGUGAUGAAAUAUACAGCAACGGUGGUGUGGUUCUGCCCCACAAGGAGAUCAAGUCGAGCAUUUUGAAGCCAGAGAUAGUCAUGUGAAACCAUGUUCAAAUAAGUAGCAUGUGGUUAGGAGGUAGUCUGAAUUGUGUUGGUUGGUAUAUGUCGUUUUUCUUUCUCUUUAAUUCCAUUUCCUUUCUCUUUCCCUACAGUGUACAAGUCAGUUUCGUCUAGAAAGAGCGGUGCCAUUACAAUGUUGAAAGGUGUCUUUGUAAAGGUCCAAAAUUUGCUCAUCUGUCCAAAAUUUGUGUAAUCUUUAAUAAGUUCCUUUAUAAUUAUGUCCCUUGAGCAGUCAA